UGAAUAAAAAUGUUCUUUUCAUCAAUUCAUGGUUUCCACCUGACAUUCAACGUUCCAUCUACCCUUCAAUCGUCCAUUUUCAAUCAUUGCCUAGGUGGGUUUAUGCUUGUUUUGUGGUUUUAUUCGUUGGUCUUGUAGAAAUUGGGAAGCUGAGACAAAAAACAGAGAAUUUUGGUGGAGAAAAAUGCGGGAUUUGGAGGAGGAAACGAGUCCUGAUUUGCUGAAGAACACGCCCUCCAAUAUUGCAAGAUUGGAGGAUGUGAUUGAGAAUUCGAAAGGAAGGCAGAAGUAUUUGGCUCAGACUCGGAGUCCCUCUGAUGGCGGUGAUGUGCGGUGGUACUUUUGUAAAGUCCCUUUGCUUCCCAAUGAGCCAGCUGCUUCACUCCCACGAACUGAGAUAGUGGGAAAGAAUGAGUACUUUCGUUUUGGCAUGAGAGAUUCUCUUGCUAUAGAGGCAUCUUUCUUGCAGAGAGAGGAAGAAUUGCUCUCUAGUUGGUGGAAAGAGUAUGCAGAAUGUAGUGAAGGUCCUAAGGAGCAACCUAGUUCUAGUAUGAAGUUGGAAAAGCAACCAAGUCUUACUUCCUCAGAAAUUACUCUAUCAGCCCAGCUAUAUGAAGAAGAAGAAAGGGUUGGAGUUCCUGUAAAGGGAGGACUUUAUGAGGUAGAUUUGGCUAAGAGACAUUGUUUCCCUGUUUAUUGGAAUGGAGACAAUCGUCGUGUUCUUAGAGGUCAUUGGUUUGCUCGUAAAGGGGGCCUUGAUUGGCUUCCACUUCGUGAAGAUGUUGCUGAACAGUUAGAGAUUGCUUACUGUAGUAAGGUUUGGCGCCGGAGAAGAUUUCAACCUUCUGGACUAUUUGCUGCUCGAGUUGAUUUGCAAGGCUCUACCCCAGGACUUCAUGCACUUUUUACUGGUGAGGAUGAUACCUGGGAGUCUUGGCUCAAUGUUGAUGCUUCUGGUUUUUCUGGCAUCAUUAGUUUCAGUGGAAAUGGAAUUAAGUUAAGGCGUGGUUAUUCCCAUUCCCAGGCCAAAAAACCAAGCCAGGAGGAAUUGCGUCAACAGAAAGAAGAGGAAAUAGAUGAUUAUUGUUCUCAGGUUCCAGUUAAGCACCUUGUCUUUAUGGUACAUGGUAUUGGACAAAGGUUGGAGAAAUCUAAUUUGGUCGAUGAUGUUGGCAACUUUCGCCACAUUACAGCAAGUCUUGCUGAACAACACCUUACUCCACAUCAACGAGGCACUCAGAGAGUUCUUUUUAUCCCAUGCCAGUGGAGAAAAGGUUUGAAGCUCAGUGGUGAAACAACAGUUGAAAAGAUUACUUUGGAUGGUGUGCGGGGUUUGCGUGUCACGCUUAGUGCAACAGUUCAUGAUGUUUUAUACUACAUGAGCCCUAUCUAUUGUCAGGAUAUUAUCAACUCGGUUUCAAAUCAAUUAAAUCGGUUAUAUCUGAAAUUUCUUAAACGAAAUCCUGGUUAUGAUGGAAAGGUUUCCAUAUAUGGCCAUUCCUUGGGAAGUGUCCUCUCGUAUGACAUCCUCUGCCAUCAAGAUAAUCUAUCAUCCCCGUUUCCAAUGGAUUGGAUGUACAAGGAACACAAAGAUGCCAUCGAGGAAUCUUCACAUGCAAUGAACAAUCAAACUUCUAUUGGUGACUCUUUGACCAAUUUGAAGGGUACAAGCUCCGCUGAGAUGAUUGAAACUGUGGAUAAGGUAGGGUCUGCUGAUGAGGACAGGAUGAGUGUGCAAUCAACUCUACUGGAACAUGAGGAAGCACCUGGUGAAGAUUUUUCCGCCCCUGUGGAUACUGUCAUGUUGGGUACAGCAAAAGCUAUGGAGCAAACAGCUAAAGAAGAUGUUCAUGAAUUUAUUCAAAGUUCUAGUGACAUAGUUUCUUCAGAUAAUGGUGGCUUCAAUGAAGCUAACCACAUGAAUGGUGCUGGCUUGGAUGGCUUUCUGGAGAAAGCGGCUGAGGAAGGGAGCAAAGAUACUUGUGAUAAUGACAACAACACAAUUGAUCUUCUGGAGAAAGAGAUUGAUUGUCUGAAAGCCAAAAUUGCAGAAUUGGAAUCACGGAAUCAAGGUAGAGAUACCAAGGAGGUACUUCUAAUUGAGCCAAAGCAACCCAUAUCUGAGAAGCUUAAAACUGUGCCAGAUGAUGAGCCAAAGAAUUAUACCCCUUAUAUAAAGUACAAAAAGCUUGAAUUCAAGGUUGACACAUUUUUUGCUGUUGGAUCACCUCUUGGUGUCUUUCUUUGCCUCCGUAAUAUCCGUAUUGGAAUUGGAAAAGGACAAGAUUAUUGGGAUGAAGAAAAUAUAAGCGAAGAGAUGCCAGCAUGUCGUCAGAUGUUCAACAUUUUUCACCCAUACGAUCCUGUAGCAUAUAGAGUAGAACCACUUGUUUGUAAAGAAUUCUUCCCCUUACGCCCAGUUAUUAUCCCUUACCAUAGAGGUGGAAAGAGACUGCAUAUUGGAAUUCAGGAAUUUACAGAAGAUUUAGCUACUCGAUCUCAGGCAAUAGUGGAUCAGUUCAACUCUGUAAGGGCUAAAGUACUUACAGUUUGUCAAUCCAGAAAUGCAGAUGCCCUUGAAGAGGCUGAAAAUGCCGAAGAGAAAGAAGAAAGGACCUAUGGUGUUAUGAUGAUGGAGAGGUUAACUGGAAGUGCUGAAGGACGGAUAGAUCACAUGCUUCAGGAUAAAACCUUUGAACACCCUUAUUUACAAGCUAUUGGAUCCCAUACAAAUUAUUGGAGGGAUCAUGAUACUGCCCUUUUCAUAUUGAAACACUUGUAUCGAGAUAUACCUGAAGACCCCAAUUCAUCUACAUCUUCAGGCGAAGGCAACUCAAAGAGUGAGACUGCUUCCACCGGUUGGUCCGAUCAAAGACAGACAGCAGAAGAAGAACUUCCUCUGACAUUCUCCGACAGAAUGAUGGUUAGAAACUUCUCAAGGAAGGCUAAGAAGUUUAUGAAGAAGCACUGAUUAUAUCCGAACUCAACCGCUGUAUUUUACCUUUGCAAUCAUUGAUGAUGCCAAAACAUUGAAGGUAAUAGCAUUCAUGCAUUUGCGAUAUUAAUCAACAUAAUGUGGAAUUUUUGUCCCACAAAAAUUGCAUGAAGUCAUCUACUGGUAAAACUUACCGCUUGAUAAAUAGAUGAUAGUUUGCAAGUGUUUGUAAUAUGUAGUUUUGUGACACAGUAGAUGCAUUGUUUCUCAGUUGUUUAUGCACAUAGGUAGGCACACGCACCAAUUGAACUUACUGUGUAGAAAAUGUGUUGCUUGUAACGUAAGUUGUGUUGUAAAAGUUGAGGUGUAGAUAGAAUACAAUAAAAGCUUCUAAGAUUUUUUGGA